AUGUUUCCCGGGUGUACAUUUUUGAUGAUUUUACUCAUUUCUCAAUUUAAAGAACAAGUAAUCCUUGGAGUAGAGGGCCAAGAACUGGUUUAUCCUAAAAGGCUUCCUCUGAUACAGAAGAGAGAUACUGAGAAAACCCAUGAACCUGACAUACCGGAACUUUAUGAAGAAGAAGUAUUGUAUGAAAUAAAGCUAAGUAGAAAAACCUUCAUACUUCACCUUUUAAGAACAAAGGAACUACUAUCCUUAAAUUACAGUGAAACAUACUACUCUGCAAAAGGAGAGGAAAUCACCAGACAUCCUCAGAUAAAGGACCACUGUUUUUACCAAGGAUUCAUCAUACAUGAAUUCGAUUCUGCUGCCAGUAUCAGCACGUGUAAUGGUCUGAGGGGAUUCUUCAGGGUGUAUGACCAAAGGUACCUCAUCGAACCAGUAAAAUACUCAGAUGAGGGAGAACAUUUGGUGUUCAGAUAUAACCCGAGUAUACAGUAUGCUGCCAAUUACUCCUGUGCAGAGCUCAAUUUCACCUGGACAGCUGUUCCCAGGGAUACUAAUAAAUCCACAAAAGACUCCAAAAUGGAAAGUACCCAUGGAGAAAAAUAUGUUGAACUGUUCCUUGUUGCUGAUGAUAAUGUGUAUCGCAGGAAUAGUCAUCCUCACCAUAAACUAAGGAACCGAAUUUGGGCAAUGGUUAAUUUUGUCAACAUGAUUUAUAAAACCUUGAACAUUCACGUAACAUUGGUUGGCCUUGAACUGUGGACAAAUGGAGAUAAAAUAGAAAUAGAUUCAAACAUAGAAACUACAUUAUUGCAUUUUUCAGCUUGGCAAGAAGCACUCCUUAAAAAAGGGAAGAAAUUUGAUCAUGCUUUGUUACUCAGUGGGAAGUGGCUCUAUACACAUGCGCAAGGAACUUCUUAUCCAAGGGGUAUGUGCCUGCCGUUUUACUCCUCCAGUGUUGUUAAGGAUCUUUUCCCUGAUAUUAACAUAGUUGCAAACAGAAUGGCACACGAGUUGGGGCAUAGCCUUGGGAUGCAGCAUGACAAUUUCCCAUGCACUUGUACCUUUGGAAGAUGUGUGAUGGAUAGCAGUGGAAGCAUUCCUGCGCUAAAAUUCAGUAAAUGCAACAAAAUCCAAUAUUCUCAAUACCUGAAGGAUUAUAAGCCAACAUGCAUGUUCAAUAUUCCAUUUUCUGAGAAGUUAACUGAUAAUCCAUAUUGUGGAAACAAGAAGUUGGAUGAGGGAGAAGAGUGUGAUUGUGGCCCCACUCAGGAGUGCACUAAUUAUUGCUGUGAUGCAGACAAAUGUAUGCUGAAGCCAGGAUUUACUUGUGCAGAAGGAGAAUGCUGUGAAUCUUGUCAGAUGAAAAAAGCAGGGUCCAUAUGCAGACCAGCAAAGGAUGAAUGUGAUUUCCCUGAAGUAUGUACUGGCCACUCCCCUAGAUGUCCUAAGGACCAAUUCCGAGUCAAUGGAUUUCCUUGUAAGAACGCAGAAGGCUACUGUUUCAUGGGGAAAUGUCCCCACCGGGAUGAUCAGUGCUCUGAACUGUUUGUUGAUGAGGCAAAAGGGAGUCAUGAUAUCUGCUACAAGAUGAAUAAAAAAGGAAAUAAAUUCGGAUACUGUAAAAACAAAGACAAACGAUUCAUUCCCUGUGAAGAGAAAGAUGUCAAAUGUGGGAAGAUAUACUGUGCCGGAGGAGAACACUCUUCUGUCUUUGGAGAAGACAAGAUUGCUUACCUUACGGUUCCAAAGCAGAAUGCCACUGUCGAAUGCAAAACCUUUUAUUUGUACCACAAUUCCGACGAUGUUGGCUUGGUUGCUUCUGGAACAAAAUGUGGGGAUGGCAUGGUAUGCAGCAAUGGAGAGUGUGUGAAUAUCAAAAAGUUGUACAAUCCAACCAAUUGCUCCUCUCAAUGUGAUGAAAAUGCUGUAGAUGACCGUGACCUCGAGUGCCAGUGUGAGGAAGAACAAGAGUCUUUAGACUGGGAAGAAGCCUUAAAUGUAACCAAUAUUGCCAUCCUGGUUGUGGUGUUUGUGCUUAUUUUUGUCGGUGUUGGCAUUGUCACAUUAUUAAUUCGUCACAAAAAAUGUAUUAAGUUGAAGCAAGUUCAGAGCUCACCUGAAGACACGCUGGGAGUGGAGAAUAAAGGAUACUUUGGUGAUGAACAGCAGACAAGAAAUGAGCCAGUAUUAUCAGAUAUGCAUCCUCUACAAGUAGGAAACUUUGAUUUGCAAUAG